AUGACAACUGCCAUGGAUAUGGUUAAUAAGAUUAAUCCUGAGAAGGAAGCAUGGAACCUCAAAGUUAGGGUGAUUAGGCUUUGGACUGUUCUAACUUUCACUGGUCAACUUCUCCCAAAUUCUAUGGAGAUGAUUUUGGUUGAUGAAUCUAGGUGCAAGAUACAAGUAACUGUUCGGAAGACUAUGAUUUACAGGUUCAAACAACUUCUCUCUGAGGAUCGAGUAUAUGUAAUGAAGCUCUUCUUUAUUAUGCCAAACCAAGGAUCUUAUAGGGCCAUUAGGCAUCAUUUUAAGUUGAUUUUCCAGUUCAGGACCACUGUUAGGGAUGCUAUCUGCAAUUUUAUUCCAAAAUCUGCUCUUACAAUCUCUCCAUUCACUGAACUUUUGGAAACCAAAGAGGAUUCUGAUUUCUUAGUUGAUGUGGUGGGUCUGAUGGUCUCUGUGUCGGAAGAGAAAGAAUAUGAUAAAGAUCGAAAGAAGAUGAAGAUGGCUAUGAUGGAACUUGCUGAAAAUGAUCACAGGAUUCGGUAUGCCUUAUUUAGUGAAUAUGUUGACGAACUUAUUCGAUUUCUGUCUUCUGGUUCUAUUCCAUAUGGAGUUAGUGCAUCCCAACCCAUUGCCUUUGUUGGAUCUGGAAAAAAUAUCGGAAUAGAAGAAGAUUUUAUGAAGCUCACACCUAGGUGUACUGUGAAGUCGCUUGAUGAUAACAACCGGGCUGGAACUUUUGUUGUACUAGCGAAGAUAGCUGAAAUAGUUGAGGAUGAUCCUUGGUGGUACUCUGCUUGUGUGUGUGGUAGAGGUGCUCAGGCAGAAUCUGGGAUUUACUUUUGUCAGUUUUGUAACAUCCAUGUUACAAAUGUGACUUCUAGGUUUAAAGUGAAAGUGUUGGUUGAGAAUUUCACUGGUGUUUCUAUUUUUGUCCUCUUUGAUUGUGAGGCAAGUUACCUACUGAAUAAGAAUUGUGCCCAGGUGUUUGAACAACAUCUUAAGGAUGUUGAUGUUGUGUUUGGCACACAGUCUCCUCCUAUAUUCCAAGAAAUUGUUGGAAAAACUAUGCUGUUCAAGGUUCUUAGUAGGCCUGUUGGGAUGGAAAAAUUCAGAAGGACUUAUCCAGUGAGGCGUGUUUGUGAUGAUGCUGCAAUACUUGGAAUGUUUGAGCUCUCUGGUUCAGAUUUGAGUCCUGAAAAGUGUCCCCUCCUCAAGAGAAAGUCUGUUGAUGCUAUGGUGGAUAAGUUAAAUGAAGUGGAUAGUUAUGAAAAUUCAUGUGAUGAAGUUGAUGAAAGUGAAUAG